CAUGUCCCCAAAUCAUCUUUUCCAAUGCCUCUCCUUCUUCCUCUUCUUCCUCCUUCCAGCAGCUCUGAACGCUGCGCCAAUAAUAGUGAAACCAGAACCAGCGAUGAUCCAGCCAUUAUUCCCAAAUCCAUCUCACCCAGCCACGAUCCCAGCCUUCCCCGAACAAUCUGACCUCACUGGCUGCCCUCUCGACCUUCCCAAUGAGCUCUUCCAUGCUAUCACCCUCGCUUGCGGUGCUUCCAAAGCCAAUAACGGAAAUGCAAGCGCAGAGCUGAAGCAGAGUCGCUGCUGCCCCGUACUGGCCGCGUGGCUCUACUCGGCUUACUCCGCCACUGCCCUUCAAAGGGCAGGCAAGAACAGGAUGACCAACCAGCCGUACGACCUGCCUGCGCUGCCUGACGACUCGGAGACUUGCGUAGGUAAUCUGAAGAAUGCGUUACAGGAGAAGGAAAUCCAGCUACUGCAGCCCAAUGAGACCUGCGACCUUGUCUAUUGCUAUUGUGGUAUAAGGCUUCAACCCUUCAGCUGUCCUGAAGCAUUCUCGGUGUCCGAAGAAGGUAAGCUGGUUGGGGGUGAGAAUGUGAAGCGCCUCGAGAAGGAUUGCUUGAGCAACAAUAAAGGGUUUUCGAGUCUUGCUGGUUGUUCCAAGUGCUUGAACUCACUUUACCAGCUUAACAGGGAGAAUAGUGUGAAUUAUAGUAAAGAAGACAGGAAGAGCAAAAUGCAUAACAACGACUGCCACUUGAUGGGUCUAACUUGGUUGCUCGCGGAGAAUCGAACGGCUUACAUUCCAACGGUGGGUGCAGUCCUUCGGGCUCUCAUGAUGAGCACUGAUGGCUCUGAUCCUAAAUCUUGCAGCUUGACCAGUGACGGGAUGCCCUUUGCCGUAGGAUCUGAUGAGUUGGACAGUAAAUCUUCCUCCACCACUACCCUUUUACCUCCCGUGAAAAUCACCAUCGCCUUGGUGGCACUUUCUUUGGUGUAUUUCUCUCCAUAUCCGUGA